ACCACAAAACAUGGCGAAAAGUAACGAAACUGAGAAAAAGGUUGUUAUGCGUGUCGAUAUAGAUGCAGUUGCAGAAGAAAUUGCCCAGUGGAAUAAGCUGAUGAUUGAUACAGAUACCAACAAGAAACUGCUGGAAAAGGAAGUUAAUAUCCUCAGAAAAUGUUGUGAAGAUGCAGAAGAAAGCAAGACAUUUUUGAAAAAUGAAAUAAGGCACCUGAGAUGUAUGGUGGACCAGAUUCAAGGAUCUUUAAGUAAAAGAUGUGACUGUGAAGAUGAAAACAGAAAAUUAAAACAAAGAUUAAAAGAAAUGGAAGAAGAUGAUAUCAAAAGAAAUCAGGAUCACCAAGAAAAAGUUGACAGUAUGCAAGCAAAAUUGGUUGAGCUUAUGAAUCGGCAUCAACAGGAGUUGACGUCUACUGAAAAAAAUGUGAUGCAAAAGUGUCAAGCUGAAAUUGAUCGUCUAGAAACAAUUGUGUCAGAGAAGAUGGUGUUGGUUGAGAAACUGAAAAAUCAAAUGUCACAGCUGGAGAAGGAUAAACAGGCAGAACUAGUUGGACUAAGAUCAGAGUAUGAUGGAAAAUUGCUGAAAAUUCAGAAACAAAAUGCCAAAAUCCAACAAACAGGUCAAGGAAACUCUGCUGGCAGUGAGAUAUUCAGAAAGAAACUGAAACACAUAAAGGAAGAACAUGAAAAGGAAGUUUCAUCCUUGAAAAGAACCAUUUUGGUAUUAGAACAAAAACUGAACCAAAGAAAUGCGUCAUGCUCCAACAUUAGUCCUGCCAGUGACAAGUACCCACUUAGCAAAAGGUUUAAAAGAAUGUAA